ACCAAUCAAAUUUCUCUCCCUUAACAUUUUGGCUGCUAGGUUUUUAAGUUAGCACUUUGCCUACUUUGGAACUCUGUUUUCUAGAGAAGUGACGUCCCUUGUUCAUUUACGAGAGAAGAAGAAAAAAGGUUCUUUUCUUUCUCUGAAAGAAUCAAAGAAAGUGUGUGCCUGUUGGUGGAGAAAUGUAUGCAGAGACAGGGCUGUUUUUCCCUUACAUGCUGAACUUUUCUCAAGAUUUUCAGCAGUUUGAAGACUACUGCAAAACGCAUAAACCCAAAGCUUCAAUGGACAACCUUGUUCAGACCUCCACAAUAUCUGAAUAUGACCUGGGAGGAGAAGGUGAUCUGUUCAAAGCUCCAGAACCCAUCAUUGAAGAAUCAAUUGUGAGCCUUGAUCCCGUGACAGCAGCCAUCUCAUUAAUCUCCUGUGGUGAAGAUGUCAUUACUUCACAAGGACUUAAGGCUGCAGAUAUCGAAUCAAUUCAAAAUGAGCAGCUUUUAGAGGUUCUCUAUGAGUGUGAGAAGGAUCUGAUGGCACAAGCAGCAAUAGAAACUCCGCUGUCUGAGGUCCUGGAUAUCGAGAUUCCUGCUGUGAAGACGGAUGAAAACCAAAACAAAGAAAAAAAAGUGCUCUGUGAUGUACCAUUCCAGAAAAGUGUCAGCUCAGGUUGUCUAAGCUCAAUGGAAUGGAUGCAAGGGUCUGCAAUCAAUCCUAAUUUUCUGGAUUUCCCUGGAAUGGAUUUUGGUUCUGUUUUUGGAAUGAGGAGAUCACUUAGUGAAGGAGAUAUAAAGACUCUUGGCAAUGGUAAUACAAGUGUCAUCCAUUCUCCCCUUGAGCGACCAUUAAUUGUCAGCAUCUGUUCUUCCGAAGAUAGAAGGGAAAAGCUCUCCAGAUACAGGAAUAAGAAGACAAAGAGGAACUUUGGAAGGAAAAUCAAGUAUGCUUGCAGGAAGGCUCUUGCUGACAGUCAACCGAGGAUCCGUGGAAGGUUUGCAAGGACUGAAGAAUCUGGUAACUUCAAGAGGCAAUAAAUGUUGACUGAUUAAAUUAUUACUAAGCAAAACAGGAAUGAAGUAGCAAGGUCCAAGAAGGUAAUGGAAAUAAUCAGCAGUGUCAAUUUGGCAUAUAUAGCCUUCGUGGAAAUCUUAGACAGGUACUGCUAAAUAAACCAGAACCCAGCUCCUGAGAAAUAGUUCUAUCUUAUUUGCUGUAAUAACCUCCUGUAUAACGGUAAUGGCCAAGUAGGAUGUACAUAGUGUUUGUUCAAUAAAAUGCAGUGUUUGUUCAAUAAAAUGGCAAAGCAGAAAUUUGUACUUGUUCAUAUAUGUUUUAUAAA